UGACCAGUUACAUCCGCCGGAAAUACAUCACUGUUGCAACUUUUAUUUGGGUCCCGCUUUGUGCGCAGCGGUAACUCUUAUUAGCUCCAUUGGCUACAUGCGCCGCAAAUACUUAUUUUAUUUUAAUGUUGCACGUUUUCCAGUUGACACGUGAACAUUAGUUUUUUGUUUUUUUGUUUGUUUUUUUUAAAUAUAUUGCUAGAAAACCUUUGUACUUCUGCCGUCUGCCAUGGCGAGCCGCGUCUCCAUUCACUCCCAGCUCUCCUCCGUCAUGGAGACGAUGGCGAAGUCUGCGUUUAGCCAGGUCUGCAAGCUGGUGGACCAGGACUCAGCCGAGCUGCGGUCGGAGCUGUCCCGGCUUCUGUUUGCCAAUUCAGCCCUGACGGAGAAAGUGAACAGUCUGGAGUGCGAACUAACAAGUGUGGUCAGAGACACGCCCAAGAAAAGUAGAAGUUAUUGCAGCGUAGGUGUGCAAACUGUCUGCAGCAGAGACGAGAAGCAUCAUGAUGUGACCUGCCCUCCCACUAUAGAGGGGAUCUUUGGAAAAGACUGGUGUAUAAAUCUGUGGAAGGACAGAGAUCCAUACAGUCCCCAGAGAUGCACAGACUCACCAGGGUCUCCUGAUGAUGAGCCUACAGCAGCUCAGUCGGACCAAGUCACACUUGCCGAGAUCAAAAAAGAGGAGUUGAUGCCAAAUGCUGCCACUAACUCAGAUGAGUUAGUAGUCCUAACUACCACUAACUCAGAUGAGUUAGUAGUCCUAACUACCACUAACUCAGAUGAGUUAGUGGCAUCUGAGGAAGCAAUUUCCAAUGACGAACACGAAGAAAGCAUGGCUGAGGAAUUGGACCAGAAGUCAGUGGAUUACCCUGUCGAUGGCAGUACUUGCAGCUUGCCACUUGAUCAGGGUGGACAGCAGGAUUCAUUAUUAGAAAGUACAGAAGAAACACUUGUGCAGUUUAUCAGUAUCAAUGAUACAACAGAAGAGGACUUUAGCGCCCAUAUCAUACCAAUUGAAGUGGAGGAUGACGAUGCGGAGGAGGAGGAGGAUGAUGAUGAUGUUCAGUUUGUCCAAGCAAGUCACAAUGAAGCAGAAUUGAGCCCUGCAGUCGGGCCCAGUCACGACGAACAGCAGACAUUACCAACAAACAGCACUGACAACUGUUUCACUAAUGUUAAAGACCUCCCUAAAAACUUGAAUGUGGUCAGUGUGAAAACGACCAGAGCUCCAAAAAGCAACACGUUCACAUGUCAUGUAUGUAGCAGGACGUUCUUUCACAAGGGCACACUGACACACCACAUGAAGUCACACAAGACAAACUUCUGCAGCAUCUGCAAGCAGCAUUUCCCUCAAAAGAAGCUGAACUCCCACAGAUGUGUGCCUCCUGUUUUACAUCAGAGAAUCAGCAAGUCGUGCGAGUUAUGCGGCAAGAUCUUUGCCAACCAGUCAGCUCUGAGGAUUCACUAUGUUGUCCAUACAGGUGAGAAACCCUACAGGUGCAGCCUGUGCGGCAAAAGGUUUACUCAGAAAGGCAAUUUAAAAUGUCAUCUACGCAUCCAUACUGGUGAGAGACCUUUCCUGUGUGUUAAGUGUGGAAAGACCUUCACGCAGAAGGUGAACCUCAAUCAUCAUCUAAUGGCACACUUAAAUCGUGAGGUUGUUGGAGGAGCGUCAGUGUGUCAGAAACAACCUAAACCUAGCAACAUGUAGCAGCGGAAACUAGGGAUGCAAGGGAUAAAUUUAUCGGACGAUAAAUUUGCUCCGUUUUCCUCAAUUUUGGGAGAUUGGUGAUCAGCCGAUACUUACAUGUGAAGCCGUUCUUGUCUCCUCAUCUUAUCUACCUCGGCAAGGGUCCAAAAAUCAACCACUGUCCUCUUUUGCUCUGCGUUGAGAGGUUUAACUGAUAGACCAGUCACUCGGGUCAUGUCUGAACAUUUACAGUUAACAGUAGUCACCCCACUGUUGCCAAAUCUGUGACUUUCUUGCUAUAUUUAGAGUCAUUUUAAGACAAAAAA